AUGGUCGACGUGCUCCAGACCGUUGACCGCGCCCUCCGAGCCGUUCCGGGCUUCGAGUACACUCCCAGCUUCACCAUUGGAAAUGACACGCCAAUUUGGGCCAUGCUUCAUCUCAAUCCAGCAGGCCACUUCGAUGAUUCUGUCUCAUCAAUUGCGACCCGUAUGGCUCUCAUGUUCCGCGCCGCCGUUGACGCGAGGCUCAGCCAUCCACUCCUCGACAUCGAUGGCUUCGACUUUUGGCGAGUGGUCGCAGCUCAUCUCUCCUACGACCGGAGCUUCCCCGAUCAUGAACCUGUCGACCGUCUCAUGAACAUGUUGAAGAAGGUGAUGGUCAAGAUGCGCAACGCGAGAAGGUCGCACCUGAACAAUGCAGACACCCCUGCGACCACAAACAUCGACGCCGUCAACGUCCAGAAUGUCCAGACUGAUGCGCAGACCAUGAAUGUCAUCUACCAGUCUAAUGCCGUGCAGAACCUUUGGAAGGCUGUCGACGAAUGGAGCUGGUUGUGUCACGUGGUGGCUCUCAAGAAAGGCAAGGCAACGAGAAGAAAGAGUCAGAUUGACACCAAGGUCGACGCCUCGAAGAACGAAAAGACCAAGAAGAAGAAGAGCAUUGAUGACCCGAUGCGAGAGGCCCGCGAAAACCACAUUCGUCACAUCGAGGACAAGCUCGACGACGAUCCCCUGGAGGCCCCUCUCUCUACCAAGGACAAGGAACUUCACCGCGCCACUUAG